AUGUGUUUUAUUAUGUACUUAAUUUUUAUUUUGUUUUGUCUUAAGGAUUGGGUUGCGGUUGCGUCCAACCCUUCUCCAUACUUUGCUGCUUUUGGGUGGUUAGUAAGUUGUUGCAGUAUGGGGUGGUGGGGUUUUUGGUUGGGACAUGGGGGUCCUUUUUUGUCGUUGGUGUUGUUUUUGAUUUAUCUAGGAGGGAUGUUAGUUGUAUUUGCAUAUUCAGCAGCUUUGGCUGCUGAGCCAUAUCCUGAGGCUUGAGGGAGUUGGCCUGUUGUAGUGCAUAUGGUCGUGUACAUAGUGGGUGUGGUAUUAGCUUUUGUGGUGUUUGGAGGGGUUUGAUAUGAGUCUUCAUGGGUGUCGGUUGACGAGUUGGGCGAGUUUUCUGUAUUUCGUGGUGAUGCAGGGGGAGUGGCGUUGAUGUAUUCUUCUGGGGGUUGGAUGUUGAUUAUUAGUGGAUGGGUGCUACUUCUCACUCUUUUUGUAGUGUUAGAAUUGACUCGGGGGUUGAGUCGGGGGGCACUUCGGGCAGUUUAG